CACCAACAAUAUGAUACAUUUGAGAUUAAAACAUACAUAUCAUGUACUUGGAUGCAUUCUCAACUUUAAUAGAGUAAUCUAAUUCACCAGCUAGGCUCUUCCCGAAUGCAUUAGCAUAGAGGAAGAAGUGGCUUAUUGUUAAAAUUUAUGUUUACAAACUUAUUAUUAAGAUGCUACAAGUUGCUCUACUUGAGGCAUGAAUUGCAUGUAUUUAUUAACUUAUCUAAAUUCCGUGCAUUCAUAUUUUACAUAGUAUAUGUCCUAGCUUAUUAGUUAUUUUUCAGUAUGCUUCAAAAACUUACGCUUUUACGCUUUGAUUAUACGCUUUAUGAUUUUACCCCUUUUCCGCUUCUAGGUAGAAUCACGCUUUUGACUGCUGUGGUCAUGACGUAAUCUUCUUGACCAUGACGUUGGCCCGAGAAGCUAAAUGAAAGGACGAGUUAUGAAGGCCACUAUCUGGUCUUGGGUAGGUCACGACUGUGACCCUGGCCAUGACUUGACUUCUUCACUAGAGUAUAAAGGAUUGUUUGUGAUUGUGGAGGUAGAGAGCUGGGUUUUUGGAUCCAAACCACCAAAGGGACGAACUCUAGCGGGAGAGUGAGAUCCAAGGGUGAUCUUGGAGCCAAAUCACAGGAUUUCUUAAUCAUUGAAGCUUGAUGAAAAAGUUUGGAAGUGAAGAGUGAAGAUCAAGAGCUGAUUUCUACAUUCUCCUCCUCUCUACGGGGUAACUUCCUUAGAUUUUGAGAAACCCUAGCUAUGUUUGUUUGAUUGGAUGAUUUAUGCGUUCUAUUUCUUCUUAAAAGUUCAUAUUCAAUUUAUGCAUGUUUUAUGCUUCAAUUAUGAUUAGAUUCUAUGAAAGAGAAUACCUAAUUAGGUCAAUAAAGACCCAUAGUUUGAAAGUAGGGGAUCAAUUGCACGAGAGUGAGUCGAUUAAUUUCUUUGGAUUGAGUGAGAACCUCAACCAAUAGAGGUAAUAAUAACACGAUAUUUUCACAUGCUUUAUCCUUCACGUUUAGACCAUUUGGGGUAGGUUUGUUGCAACUAAAGGCAGAUUUUACGCUAGGUUGUGCUUGUUUGUGAUAUUUCAGGGCCUAGUUCAUGGAAGAAGUAUUUGGGGCAACUUGUGGACCAAAUGUUGCAGAUACGAUCUAGAGUUGCUGAGUGAAUGAUGAAGGAUGGCUAAGAAGGAGAAGUCAUGGUCACGGUCGUGACUUCUCGAUCACAACCGUGACAUAUUCAACCAACCCGUGACUCGACAACGGGGAGAUAGAAGCCCCAAUAUCAACUCACGGUCAUGAUUGUGAGUCGCUGCCUACGUCACGUUCAUGACUUGAAGUCCCCAGUCGUGACUCUUGGUUCAAGGUUUGAAGAAACGCCUUAUUGUGAAAGUCAUGGGAGGAACGGCUAAGUCACGGCCGUGACAUGACACGUGACUUGCAAAACUUCAGGGAAACAAAAGGCAGACUUGGGAAAUUGACUCCACAUCCAAUUUUCACUUGAAGAAACACCUAAGUGGGCCCUAGAGAGAUAAAGUGACGAAGAACAAGUCCAUGGGUCUAAUUUGAGCUAAGAUUCAACGAUUGAAGCUUAGAUUUAACCCCUCGGAGUGCUGAUUGACAUCCCGGAACUGAUUAAAUACAUCGUUAUGAGUAUGAACUUCUUUGGUUGAGUUUUUAUCUCUCUCUCUCUCUCUCUCUAUGCAGUAAACCUCCUCUUUACUUGUAUGAACCUUUAGAUGUUAAACUGAUUGAUUAUAUUCAAUUGAAGUAUGAGUAUUUGGAUCUUGAUCACUGUCUCUUGAUUUUUGCUUUGACCUAAGAUAGAUAGAAUCUAAUUGGGUUAACAAAGCUUCUUCGAUUGGAAGUAGUGAAUCAAUCGUGCUUGAUUGAUUCAUUACUCUGUACUGGGAUUCAUUCAAGUAGAAGAGAUCUUCAUUUAUUGCCUUAGCAUUUUAAUCUAGUGGAGGUUAGUCACAUGCCAAGUACUGUGUCUAAGAGGGUUUGGUCGACUUAAAAUAUUCCUAGUUAUUUUUGGAUCUUCCGCGGUUUAAUGGGAAGUAAAAAACUAAAGGGAACUACAACUCAGACCUAAUUGAGGAUCUAGGGGGACACAUAUCUGAGUGACCCUUCUUACAUUUGAAAACUGAACAAUUUACUUGCUUUCUCUGCUAGUUUGUUUUCCACAAUUUCACCAUAAAUCGAUACCUAGACAAUAAAAAUUCACGGAGUAGGCAGUACACCUAGGACCCGGAUUGAAAAAUAGAAUUGAAUCCACUUUCCUGCACCCUUUCAGUGGUUAUACUCGACCACGGAUUUCAGCUUGCGCACGAUUUGCUCAUGAUUGCAUUUUAGCUACUACAAAAGAGGAGGAGGACAAAGAGGCAAGCCACGAUGACAAAAUGAAGUAGAUGGAACUUGGAACAAAGAGCUCCCAUGACAAUAAUGAGCAAUUGAGUCCUGUUGUAGCAAAACGCAUCAAGCGUGAUGCAAGAGGAUGGAAGGCUGAGAGACGAAGUUGUGGAGGACAAAGUAGAGUGUAGUUAAGAGGGAGCUCUUGAUUUAUCCCAAGGGGAGGAGCUUAAUGUUGUAGAAGGAAGGCAAGUUAAAGAAGCAAUUAAGGUCCAAGCAAAGGCUGAGGUCAAGGUAGUUGAGGCUUCUACAAGUCCAGAGUCAUAUAAGAGAUUUCCACUUAAACUUGGGGAGGUUCUAUAAAAGGACUCUUUUGAGGUUUAUCUUUGCCAAAACUAGGACACACUGUCAUGGAUCCCACUUGGUGGACGCUAUUGUGGUUAAUCGAUGUUGACCUACAUGGUUUGGGGCAAUGUUGACCUACAUAUUUACACAUGUUUUACCCCUCAUUUCUUUAUUGUUUAGAUUGGUGUUUAUCAUAAUUUGGCCUAUUUUAUGUUAAGUUAUAUUAAUUGGUCACAUUUCAGGUCCUAGCAUGUAAAGUGAAGCAUAGGCGCAAGUUUCAAGUCAAUUGAAGAUCAAUUGGCGACUCGGGGAAGAAACUCAGGCAUGACCCGAGGAAGAAUGGAUUUAUACCUAAUUUUAUGGAAAAAUCAUCAUGUAAACUUGUCAUGAAAAGAAAAACGACGAGACUACGAGCGUGUGGGAUAAAACGACAAUUAAUUCGGAGUCCGGACGACGGAGAAACGAGACAUCCAAGACAAGGGAAUAGGAACAAUGAUUUCCACGGACUGGAAGCCAAUUCCACUACCGUGGAUUAGGAGUUCAGACUGUGUUUUUUAGUAGGAGAAAUCCAUGGGUAGGAGAGCCAAUUCCAUGACCGUAGAAUAGAAGGGGUGACCGUGGAACGUGUCAGCAACGAGUAUAAAUGCCCGUUUUAUGCAUUUUUGGAAGGAGAGUGUUGGGUUUUGGAUCCCAAACACCCAAGGGACGAACCGUAGAGAGAGAGAACCUUGGGAUUAUUCUUGGAUCUAGUUUGGAGGAUUUCUUCACCAUUGAAGCUCGGGAAUCAAGCUUGGAGAUGGAGAUUGGAUAUCUAGAUCAGAUUUUUGCAUUCUCUGUCUUCUCUAUGGAGUAAUUUCCCUUCACUUAGGUUUUGAGGAACCCUAGAUUUGUAUGCGAGGAAGAGUUAUACGAACCCAUUUCAUAAAAGAUUGAUUAGGUUAUAUCCAAUUGAGGCAUUAUUCAGAAUUGCAUGAGUCUUGAUCAAAUUCUUGUGAUUUCUGCUUUAACUUAGAACGACAGUCUCUACAUAGGUUAAAAGAGCAACCUUAAUUGGAAGUAGUGAAUCGAUUACUUUAGUCAAGAAGUUGAUUCACUGCUAUGUACUAGUCUAAACCCAGCAGAGGAAGUUUGAAUCUUAUUGCCUUGGUUAGGUUGUUCCAGUGGAGGUUAGUCUCCUGCUAGGUAAUCUAUUAUAGAGGGUCUGGAACACUUUAGUCGAGACUCCAGACGGUUUGAGAACUAUCCGUAGUGUAAAUGCCAGUUGAGUUGAAUUAGGUGAAUUACAACAUGGCCUAACUGCAAUCUAGGGGGAAUCAUACCCAAGUGAGUUCCCAACAUAUAAUUAGUAGUCUAACCUAGUUUAGCUUGUAGAGUAGUUUAGUUAAUCAAACCUCAAUCUGAUUUGCUAGAUAAUGAACCGAAGAUGAGUAAUAGUACAUCUAAAGAACCGAUGAUUCGAUAUUUAUUACUUGUGCCACUAUACUGUAGUCCCUUUUAUUGGUUACCCUUGGCCAUUGUUAGGAGUUGUGUUUUAGUGAGUCAAGUGUUUGGCGCCAUUGCCAGUGACUUGGGUGUUUUGUUUUUGUUGGUGCGGAUUUGAAAUAUGGAUCCAUCCUCAUGGCUUCUUCAACCAUUGGGGGUAUCCACCACCAUCUGAGUGGUAUUACCCCGAGACUUCCUGGAGCAAUCAAGGAGUAGAAGCCUAUGGAUUCAGGUUUCAAUACCAACUCCCAACUACGAAGAACAAUCAGACCCCUGAGCAUUUCAAGAACAAUCUGCUUAUCAAGAAAAACUCCUCCCACAACUAGAGGGGGUAUCGGAGCUAGAGUUAGCCAUGGUGGCCUUCACUAGCCAUUUUGCAGAGCCAUGCUACACUCAACGGUUAGAUCCGAACAGUCAAUUGAAGCUUCUCGUGGAGCAGAUUGCUCGGGACACCGAGAGAUCCUUUUCCAAGAUGGAUCUCCUAAUACAAUCCAUUGAUCCUCCUGACCCUUCCUUUCUCCAUGAAAUGGAGGAGGCUGGUCAGCGCUCAGCGAAGCAAAUAGAGUGGGUUAAGCAAGUUCGUGCACAGCUUGCUAAAGAUCACCUUUUUGCUACCAUAAAAGAAGAGGAGGAGGAUGAAGAGGCUAUAAGGACAUUGUGGAGCAGAUAAAAGUUGUCACGGAGAGCUCCCAUGAUGAUCAUGAUCAAGAAUGUCCUAUUGUAGCUGACCAUACCUUCCCACACCCUACAUUGAGCAUCGAAGCGGCGGGCAUGAGUAAGAGAUGCAAGUUGAUCUUAUUGAUAAUCUUGCAUGCCAGUUUGCUCUCCAAUAUGUUCUAGAAGAAGAAGAGCAAGAAAGGAUGACGGAAGAAGUUGUGGAGGACGAUAGAAGUGAAGCAGAAGGAGCUCUUGAUCUUUUACAAGGGGAGAUACUACAUUUUGAAGAAGAAAGGGGGGUUGAGGAAGCAAUUGGCAUCCAGGCUAAGGACGAAGUUUGGUGGAAGAGGCUAGCCCCGACCAUGAGUUACAUUUGAUAUCGUCACCAAACUUAGAGGAGCUUCUUGAUAAGGACCCGUUUGCAAUGUAUCUUUGCCAGACCAAGGCCACAUCGACAUCGAUCCCUCUUAGCAGAUGCGAUGGUGGUCAAUCGAUGCUAUCAUAUCUGGUUUGGGGCAAUGAGAUGAGAUAAGAAGAGAAGAAGAGGUCUCGAGGGUGGAGAGUUCAUCUGCAUCAAGUAUACAGGCCCACAUCAUGUGCUACGCCACAUGCUCGUAACUUGAGACUCCACCUCAUCAACGAAAACCUCAACUUCAAGGAGGUUCUAGGACUGACCAAAAAUUAGGAGCCACCAUCCAGCUCAUGACGUGAAAGAAGCGGUUGUUGGAAGGAAACUCAACCAAACGGUUUACAUUUCUUUCCCUAUUUCUCUUCGGUUGAGUCAGUUUUGUUCUUUGAUUUUAGAGUCAAUAACUCAACUUUUGUGAGAUUUUGUGUGGUGUUUGUGCUUCGACUUCUCUCUACUUCCCUGGAAUGCACCGCCUACCCCAUCCACCAUCAUUCACACUUGAUCUGGUAACUUCAUUCUACCAUCCUUAUCUUUCUUCCAUUGAUGACAAUGUAGUGCUUAGUGUGUGUGGUAUGGGGGGGGGGGUCCGAUUAUGUAUGCGUGUGAAUGUUUGGUUGUAUGUGUGCACUUGGAGCCUAGUCCACUAUCCAAAAUUUAAAAUUUGAGAGCUUCAAGUAUUUGUCUCCUUGCAAAUUGCCUGCUUAGUUGCUUUGAAUCACUAGUCUUUACUCUUUAAAGUGAUAUGCAACCUAGAGAGGUUAGUGUACCAAUAUGGAGGAUGUUGAUGCAUUGAGAAGUUUCCUUUCUUAUUCAUAUUGUGUUGGUUGAUUGUGUGAAUCAGUGAUCUUAUUCCACCUUAAUCGUGUGGUAUCGAUGACUCUCUCGUUGUAUUCGGACUCGUGUGUUGUUGUGGGUUCUCUAUAUGUGCUUAAUAAGAAUUAGUUGGUUCUCCAUGCUCAUAAUUUGAAGCGUGGAUAGAGCUUUCGACCCCCCUUAACUUCACUGAUCCUCCAUGUGAAUUGAGGAAAAAGAGUUAAAAGAAGUACUCUGGCGAGCGACAGAUGUACAAAAAUUGCUCUUGCUCAACCAAUAAGGAUCAAUCUUGAAAAUGCAUAUUGGAGCCCCGCCAGAAAAAAAUGAAUGGAAAAGAACAUAAGAGAACAUAAAAAGGGGUUCCAACAAAUCAAAUGAAAGGUAAAGAGCACCCAAAAAGAGGAGUCCAUGGUUAAGUGUAAGUCGAGAGUCUCUUUGUCCAUUAAUCAUAUCGUUUGUCCUACGUUCACUGCUUGGCAUGAUCCCAACUCGGGACUAGAGUUCUCGUCAAAGGGGCUAGGGGAGUCUCGUGCAUUAGUUGGCCUCAUAAACUGCUAAAUGACUUACGACAUCCUCUACCAAUGAUCAAGGUUGCAUGUUGCUAUGAAGGUCUGCAGAGUUGCAUUGGUUUGUGUCAAGUUUGCUUGGGGACAAGCAAAUAGUUAAGUGUGUGGGAAUUUGACGAAUACAUAAUUACACAUGUUUUACCCCUCAUUUUUUUAUUGUUUAGCUUGGUGUUUAUCAUACUUUGGACUAUUUUACGCUAGGUUAUGUUCCUUUGUCACAUUGCAGAUCCUAGCAUGUAAGUGUGAUAUAGGCGCAAGUUUCAAGGCAUGACCUGAGGAAGAAUGGAUUCAUACCUCAUUUUAUGGACAAAUAAUCUUGUAAGAUGUUCAUGUAAAGAAAUAGGAUGACACUACGAGCGUCUGGGAUCAAACGGCGACAAAUUCGGAGUCGGAACAAGGGAGAAAUGAGACAUCCAAGACAGGGGAAUAGGAGCAAUGAUUUCCACAGGAUGGAAGCCAAUUCCACUACCAUGGAUUAGGAGUUCAGACCGUGGUUUUUUAUAAGGAUAAAUUCACGAGUUGGAGAGCCAAUUCCACGAACGUGGAAUAGAAUGGAUGACCAUUGAACGUGUCAGUAGCCAGUGGCGGGCGUAGAAAUUACGUCAAGGGUAUUCAACAAUAAAACAAAAUUACUAAGGGUUGUCAAUUAGUCUUUAGUUCAAAUACUAUCAUCACUAAAAUAAAAUUUUUACAAAGAAUUUGUGUUCCAAAAUUAGAACAACGUGUGUCAAUUGAAAAACCUGUCAUACAUGUAGGUCCGUCCCUAUCAGUAGCGAGUAUAAAGGCUCGUUUUAUGCAUUUUUGGAAGGAGAGAGUUGGGUUUUGGAUCCCAAACACCCAAGGGACGAACCCUAGAGAGAAAGCACCUUGGGAUCAUUCUUAGAGCUAGUUUGGCAGAUUUCUUCACCAUUGAAGCUCGGGAAUCAAGCUUGGAGAUGGAGAUUGAAGAUCUAGAUAAGAUUUCUGCAUUCUCUGUCUUCUCUAUGGAGUAACUUCCCUUCACUUAGGUUUUGAGAAACCCUAGAUUUAUAUGAUAUGAAGAGUUAUAUAAACCCACUUUCAUGGAUGAUUGAUUAUCUUAUAAGUUAUAUCCAAUUGAGGCAUUAUGCAGAAUUGCAUGAGUCCUGAUCAAAUUUUUGUGAUUUCUGCUUUAAUCUAGAAUGAUAGUCUCUGCAUAGGUUAAAAUAGCAAACUUAAUUUGAAGUAGUGAAUCGAUUAUUUUUAAAUAUCUUUUCCUUUUUUUCUUAUUUUGUUCAAAAUAAAAUAGAUAAAUGAUAUUAGGUGGAAAAAACUAAAUUUCUUAAGUGGGAUGUGUUGACUUGGCAGUGACAUGGUGCGUUGACCAUUAGUCAACAUGUUUGACCGUCCAAGAUAAUGGUCAAAUCUCGGGUUUGGACAAUUUCGUAACUUUGAUGCAUAGGUGAGGCCAGGAAGUUAUAGCUCGAAAAGAUUGGCCAGGAUGUUUAAUUUGUGAAAAGUUCGGGUCAUACAAAUAUAUUAACCUAUAAAAGUUUAAAAACUUG